AUGCAAUCAGCAAAACUGCUGACGAGGCCGUGGAUCGCCCACGUGGCAGAAUCUCCAAGCGCAACAAUCGCCCACCUCAGGAUCCGUUCCUCCCACCUCCUCCAAUCAGCCCUCAGGCCCAGUUCCCGCCCUCCCAAAGACUUGGAUGCAGAGAGGGAUGGGCAGGGGCAGGGGCAGCAGCAGGGGCUGGGGCAGCAGCAGGGGCACGGGCAGCAGCAGGGGCAGGGGCAGAGGCAGGUUCAGGUGCAGGCGGUGAGGGGAACGCAGGGGAUGGGGGAGGAGGCGCAGGGGGGUGGGGAACAGCGGCAGGGGGCGAGGAAAGCGGUUGUGAGCGGUGCUGGAAAGGGGAAGGAGGUGGGGGGUUUGGAGGGAGGAGAGGGAGAGGAGGAGGUGGAGAGUGAGAGUGGGGGAGGGAGUGGGAUUGAGAGUGGUCUUGAGAGUGGUCUUGAGAGUGGGCUUGAAAGUGGGAUCGAGAGCGGGAGUGAGAGCGGGAACGAGAGUGGGAGUGAGGGAGCGAGUGGGAGAGGGGCAGGGAGCGGCAAUGGGGCGGUGGUGGUGGCAGGGGCAGCGGGCAAGGUGGAGGAGGUGGAGCUGCAUGAGGAGGCGGUGCAGUCGUAUGUGUCGUAUGCCAUGUCCGUCAUUGUCGGCCGCGCCCUGCCUGACGCCAGGGAUGGACUCAAACCCGUGCAUCGGCGCAUCCUCUAUGCCAUGCACGAGUUGGGCCUGGCGUCAUCCAAGCCUUUCCGCAAAUCAGCCAGAGUUGUGGGAGAGGUGCUAGGCCGCUUCCACCCACACGGUGACACUGUGGUGCUAGGCCGCUUCUACCCACACGGUGACACAGCAGUCUACGGCGCCCUAGUGCGCAUGGCGCAGGACUUCUCUCUCCGCGCUGAGCCGCUCUUGCAUCCCUUCCUCCUGUUCACAAUCAUCCCACAGGUGCUGGGUCGAUUCCACCCUCACGGCGACACGGCAGUGUACGAUGCCCUCGUGCGCAUGGCGCAGGACUUCUCUCUCCGUGCUCCUCUCGUGCACGGGCACGGCAACUUUGGGUCUGUCGAUGCUGACCCUGCUGCUGCCAUGCGCUACACUGAGUGCCGCCUGCAGCCCCUCACGGAGAAGAUGCUUCUUGAAGACAUUCGCAGCGACACAGUUAACUUUGCGCCCAACUUCGAUGCAUCAACCAAUGAGCCAACAGUGCUUCCCGCGCGAAUCCCCGUGCUUCUGCUCAACGGCUCUCAAGGGAUCGCGGUGGGCCUGGCCACCAACAUCCCACCUCACAAUCUGACCGAGCUCGUGGAUGCACUCUCAGCAUUCAUCCACAACCCUGUGGGCAUGGCGACCAACAUCCCGCCCACAACCGGACCGAGCUCGUGGAUGCGCUCUCAGCCUUCAUCCACAACCUUGCUUGGCCCUUCCCACAUCCCCCUCUACCACCUUGCUCCCUCUUCCACCCGCCUGUACCACUCUGUAUUCCCAUGA